GGUAUUCCCAUCUACAUUGGAGGAAACAAAUGAAUCAAGCAAAAGGCAAAGUCUGUGUAACGGGAGCUUCGGGCUACUUGGCUUCAUGCCUUGUGAAACAGCUUCUCCUUGAAGGAUAUCAUGUCGUUGGAACAGUCAGAGAUCCUAGGAACGAGAAGAAACAUGCCCACCUCUGGGAGAUGGAAGGGGCGAAGGAGAGACUUCACUUGGUGAAGGUUGAGCUAAUGGAGGAAGGAGGUUUCGAUGAAGCCAUUAUGGGAUGUGAGGGCGUUUUCCACACUGCUUCACCUGUGCUCUCUCACUCUUCUGAUCCACAGGCGGAGUUAUUGAAGCCGGCUAUAGAGGGCACGUUGAACGUGUUGCGUUCGUGCAAGAAGAAUCCAUCACUAAGGCGUGUGGUUCUUACGUCUUCUUCUUCGACAGCGAGGAUCAGAGACGAUUUUGAUCCCAAUACUCCUCUCGAUGAGUCAUCUUGGACUGACGUUGAACUCUGCCAACGUCUUCAGAUGUGGUAUGCGUUAUCGAAGACUCUAUCCGAGCAAGCUGCGUGGAAAUUCAGCCGAGAAAACAGGAUCGAUAUCGUCACUGUGUUGCCUGCCUUUGUCAUAGGACCGAGCCUACCUUCACAUCUCUCUUGUACGGCCUCUGACGUCCUCGGAUUGCUGAAAGGGGAAACAAACAAGCUCGAAUGGCCUGAAAGAAUGGGAUAUGUCCACAUCGAUGACGUGGCACGAGCCCACAUCCUUGUUUACGAACACAAAGCGGCUCGAGGCAGAUACUUAUGCAGCUCGGCCGUGGUCGGCCUCGACCAGCUGGUUUCCUUGUUUUCGGCUCGUUACCCAUCACUCCCCAUCGCCACCACGAGGAUUGAAGACACGAAGGAGCUGCAUUAUGAUUAUAAUACGUCGAAGAUAACGAGCCUCGGGUUGAAGUUCAAGUCUCUUGAGGAGAUGUUUGAUGAUUGUGUUACAUCGCUCUUCGAACAAGGCUACUUAUGAUCUCCUUUUGGGAUGUGUUUUUACUUCAUAAUGCGACGAAAUGCAGAAAAAAGAAAAUCAAAUAAAUAUCACGAUUAUUAUUGAAAACUA